GCUUGGCGUCUCCAAGCACCCAUGAGUCUGUAAACACAGACCAGACUCGUCACACGUUUUACCUGUAGAAACUUAUAUGAGAUUAUACUUAGUACUCAAUCCAGUGUUGAGGGAUUUAAUUACUUCAGUCUAACUAGGAUAGACCGUCUCGACAACGUCCCUCUGUAUAUAACCCCCAGGAUGGAGUACUUGGGCCACACCCAAACAGCAACCUACAUGACAGGUCCCAGGCUUGGAGGAAGCAACCCCCAGACCUUCCUGCCUAGUAUAAGCACAAUGCAGUCCUCAUACAAGUCCUACGAUACUUAUCCUGCUCCUUCUCCACUUAGGAGGUCCCUUACCACAUUGCCCUGGAGGCCGAGUACCUACUACCAGACCGCUAAAGUCAAUCCAAGCUCAGCGAUUACUAGGAGUGUUCCCGAACCUUUCUCAGCUAAGAAUCAACUCGCUGAUUUGGACAAUGUUAAGGUUCCUCCAGUGUUUGCUGCGGCCAGAAAUGCCUUGUACACACGAUACACACCCAACGAUUGGAUGAGCUCAAAUCAGGGCAACUACUUAGCAUCUGACAAAGUGAGAAGCAUGGCCGAGCGACUGAGGCUUGACACUGUCCGUUUGUGCAGAGAAACAGACGACAAAACAAAGAGAACACAGAGUGAUGUCGGAAAGAGGCUAGGAGAGAGAUUGGGAGACAUCCAGUUCUGGAAGACAGAGGUCCAUCAUGAAACAGACAACAUGAUCACAGAGAUCAACGCUCUCCAGGAGGCCAAGAGGGUACUAGAGAAGGCUUUAGCAGAAACCGAGAACCCCCUCCACAUCUCACAGGAGUGUCUCUACCACAGGGAAAAAAGACAGGCUAUCGAUCUGGUGCAUGAUAACCCAGAGAGAGAACUCAUCAAGGAAGUCGACAUCAUCAAACGAUGCCAGGAGAAGAUGAGAAACACUGUCGAGAGAGCCAAUGUUCAGCUAGGCUUAUGUCGAGCAGCUCAGCAUGAGCUUGAAAAGGAUGCCGGGGACAAGUUUGUUGCCCAGAGUCUUGACGAAAUGUGUCAUGGUCUUAAAAACAGUUCUCGGGGAAUUGCCUUCCACAACGGAGUCCAUAGAGUUGAUAACACCGUUUCCGUUCCCGAGACCUGGGCUAAAUUCAGCAAUGACAACAUCCAAAGGUCCCAGAGCGAGCGAGCUGCCUCUAGAGAAAUGAGGAACGAGAUCGAGAGCGUGCUUAACUCCUGUGCCAAUGAGAUGUGGCAGGAAUGGAACUCCGUCAAUGUGGCCUUGAACCAGAGAAUCCAGGAAACCACAGACGCAAGGAACAGACUUCAGACUCAUCUAUCCAAGGUUCUCCAAGAAAUCUUCGACAUGGAGAAGAACAUCGAACUGCUGAAGAAGGCCAUUCAAGACAAGCAGGCUCCAAUGCAGGUGGCACAAACUCGUUUAGAUACCAGAGUACGCAGACCAAACGUUGAGCUGUGCCGCGAUCCAGUCCAGCACAGAUUGGUUGAGGAGGUUGGUGAAAUCACAGGUACAGUCGAUUCAUUACAAGCCAAGCUACGAAUGGCUGAGAACUCCCUCCAGGAACUUCUUCGUACCAAGGCCAGCUUAGAACAAGACCUUUCUGUAAAGAACAACAGUUUAUUCAUCGAUAGGGAAAAGUGUCUGGGCAUGCGCAAGACCUUCCCAAUGUCGCCACGUGUUGUCUCCGUUUAAAAUGAUUAUCAUACUGACUUACCAUGAUCAAACUGUUAAAGACAGGAUUGAGAUACUAAAGCUGUUGAUUUCAAAGUUUUAUUUUUGAAAAUGAGUAUUUAUGGCCACCCAAGCCUAUCACAGUAAUAUAAUUACAUAUCAGUAUUAAAUUUUCUUCAAGAAAGGCUGUGAUACUACAUUUUCGUAAUUUCGCAUUUCGUUGAUUAGUUUUUAGAGUUUACACAUUGUUACAUGUAAAGUGCAAAUCUUGCUCUAAGUCAUUGAAUGCUUUCAAAUGCAUAAUGUCUCUAUUUAUAUCACCCCCACUCAGUAUUGUAUUGUGUGCAAAAGAAAUAAAACUUUAAAAAAAUAACUGUUGCAACUUAACAUUCCGUCCAACAGGACUUUUAUGAAUUGUAUAUAUUUAUAUUUUUUACAUUUACUGUGAUGUAAGUCGGUGUCCUUUAGCGUAAAAAAUCCUUAUGUUAAAAUUUUUAAUUUAUUGCAAACGUGAUAUUAAUUAAAAGCUGUUUACUCAGUUUCCGUAGGAUUAAGGUGAGAGGAGAUUCUCAGAAGUACCGCACCGUGUGUACACCUAUUGCUGUUGAGUAUCAUAGCGCUAUCAUGCUAUUUAUAUUGUAUCCAUCAGUCUUCUGUAAUUAUUGUUUUGCUCAAAUGUGAUUUUGUAUGGUUGGACACUUUGAAAUAAAGUGAAUGCAGUGUG